AGAUAUUUGUGUGUGUGUGUGUGUGUGUGUGUAUGUAUGUUCCAUCAUCACGUCCAAAUGGCUAAAGAUAUUAACAUGAAACUUGGCACACAUGUUACUUAUAUGUCAACAACAAACAUAGGAUAGGAUACAGUCCCAAACAGAAAGAGCCCGGCACCGCUACUCCGCAAUCCAUUAAUCCGCUAUGCUCUUCUCCAAUAAAAAGACCUUCCCGAUGCUCACAUCAAAACAGCGCAAAUGUGGACAGAUAGAACACAGACUGCCAGGUUCUAAAUGUAAGUGUCGUAAAGUAACAUCAAAUCCAGUAAAGAAGUCUAUAAUAUGGAGGGUUGUAGUAAAAUCUCCAGUUGAUUGUCCAGUGACAGAGAUUAUCAUACAAACAAAAACAAAGAGGUAUAUAUGCAUUGAUCCAAAUGCAGAAUGGUUUGAAAACAUGUUCCCUCAAUUAAUAAGAAAUCUUAAAGAAAGGACAGAAAAAAUUAAGAAAGACUUGCAAGACCAGGACAGAACAUACCCAAAUAACAGUGACAUUUCAUCAACAAGCAAGAAAUAGAGCCAAGCUAUAUGUCUGCGAACAACAAGUAUUAUUGGAGGCAUCUCUGUAUAUGGGAUAGCUAAUACCAGCAUGAAAGUUAUUGACAGCUUUAAUUGUUUGCUUACUUUCUUAGUUAUUCCUGCAAUGAUAGUCAGUUAUCCAUACAUACUCCAUUUCCAUUUCACACUUCCCAGGAAGCACUUAUAAGUAUUUUAAAAAACAACAAGAUUAUAGCAUAACAAUAUAUUUUAACUAUUUUAGUCUGCAGUGUACAAAUUCAAUAAAGCUUUUCCU